AUGUCUGGAAGAGGUAAAGGAGGAAAGGGUUUGGGAAAGGGUGGAGCAAAGCGUCAUCGGAAAGUUCUCAGAGAUAACAUUCAAGGAAUUACAAAACCUGCCAUUCGUCGUCUUGCUAGACGCGGUGGUGUGAAGCGUAUAAGUGGAUUGAUCUAUGAAGAAACUCGUGGCGUUCUCAAGAUCUUUCUCGAGAAUGUUAUUCGUGAUGCUGUUACUUACACAGAACACGCUCGCCGCAAAACAGUUACUGCUAUGGAUGUUGUUUAUGCGCUCAAGAGGCAAGGAAGGACCCUUUAUGGUUUUGGGGGUUAG